AUGGAUGCAAGGCUGUUUGAGGCUGCUCAUGGAGGAAACAUCGAAUAUUUGCGGCAGUUGCUGGCAGAAAAUCCAUUUAUUCUCAACAUCACGCUUUUGUCUGCUGAGAAUCCCUUGAACAUCGCUGCUGACAUGGGGCAUGUUGACUUUGUGAAGGAGAUUAUAAGGUUAAAACCAGUUUUUGCCAGAGAGGUAAAUCAAGAAGGCUUUAGUCCUAUGCAUGUAGCAGCAGCUAAUGGCCAUGUUGAGAUUGUGAAGGAGCUAUUGAAAGUUGACAUCGAACUCUGCCGGAUAGAGGCAAGACAGAAAAUGACGCCUUUUCACCAUGCAACUAUCAGAGGGAGGGCUGAGGUGAUCAGCGCGAUGCUUUUAGAUUGUCCUGAUUGUAUCGAAGAUCAGACUGAUCAAAGGGAAAAUGCUUUGCACCUUGCUGUCAGGAAUAACAGAUUUGAAGCAAUAAAGAUAUUGGUGGGUUGGAUCAGGGAAACGAACAAGGAAUACUUGCUGAACAUGAAGGAUGAGCAAGGGAAUACAGUUUUGCACCUUGCAAGCUGGAAAAAACAACGCCAGGUGAUAGAAAUCUUACUUGGCAGUGAAACCAUAAGUUCAGGCUCGUUGGAGGUGAAUGCCGUCAACCAUAGUGGCCUCACUGCCCUGGACGUGAUACUGAUUUUCCCAAGUGAAGCAGGGGACAGAGAAAUUGUUGAGAUCCUUCGAAAUGCUGGAGCAACGAGAGCAAGAGAUAUUAUCCAGUCGACCAUUCCCAGCAACCAAACCUCUACUGACAACUCGUCAAUGCCAGAGAGAUGCCAAUCAAACCUAAAUAAUUUGGUAGAAUACUUCAAGUUUAAAAAGGGAAGGGAUUCACCUAGCGAAGCACGCGGUACACUACUAGUUAUAGCUGUUUUGGUUGCAACUGCAACAUUCCAGGUUGGAAUCAACCCUCCUGGAGGUGUUUGGCAAGAUACAAACAUACCUGACCAGAAAAAUAGUACCAGCAGCAACAAUGCACACAUUGCAGGAGCAGCAUGGAGAAUUCAAGAUAGGGCAGAGAGCCAAGAGUGUCUUGCUGAUAUCUUUUCACAAGGUAAGAAGCUGUCGGCCAGGCAGAAAUCCACCAUCCUCCACCCUGAGGCAAAUAGGAGGCUCGAGAUGCAUCAAAAGGAAAAAAGCUAUGAGCCUAAGACCAUUUCUGAAAAUGAAGCUCUGAGCAAAGCAUUGCAACCACUGAUCGAUAUGGGGCACUUAGAUAGUCAGAUUGGGAAUAUUUCUCCAGCACUUAAUUUAAAUAGCCGUGUGCUAACCAGACCUCUAUUUAAGACAAACCUUUUCCUUCCUACUGAAGAGCUCCAUACCUUAACAAUGGAUGGAAGGUUGUUUGAGGCUGCUCGAAAUGGAGACGUCGAUUACCUGCAGCAAUUGCUGGCAGAAAAUCCGUUUUCCCUCGACAACACUUCAUUAUUGUUCUCUGAAAAUCCUUUGCACAUUGCUUCAAAUGAGGGGCACCUUGAUUUUGUGAAAGAGAUUUUAAAGUUGAAACCAGAAUUUGCCAAAGAAAUAAAUCAAGAUGGUUUUAGUCCCAUGCACAUGGCAGCAGCAAAGGGGCAUGUGGCAAUUGUGAUGGAGCUGAUGAAAGUAGACCACAAUCUGUGCCGAUUAAAGGGGAUAGAGGAAAGAACUCCUCUUCAUUAUGCGACCAUCAAAGACAGGGUAGAGGUAAUCGUUGCAAUGCUUUUGGGUUGUCCAGAUUGUAUUGAACUGGCGACUGUUCGAAGUGAUACUGCAUUGCACCUUGCCAUCAAGAAUAACCUACUCGAAGCAACACAGAUAUUGGUGGAUCAGAUCCAAGAAAUGAACAAGGAAGACGUGUUGAACAUGAAGGAUCAGCAAGGAAAUACAGUGUUGCACCUGGCAACCUGGAAAAAACAAUACCAGGUGAUAGAAUUAUUACUCGGCACCAGAAAUACAAGUCCAGGCUCACUGGAAGUGAAUGCCAUAAACCAUAGUGGCCUUACUCCUCUGGAUAUGCUACUUACUUCACCAAGCGAAGCAGGGGAUAGAGAAAUCAUUGAGAUCCUUUUAGGUGCUGGGGCUAUGAAAUCUAGAGAUAUCACCCUCUCUGCCAUUUCUAGCAAUCAAAACCAUACUGACACCUCCAAAACAACAGAGACGCAUCAAUCUCGACCCAACAAUCUGGUCGAGUACUUCAACUUUCUAAAGGGCAGGGACCCUCCCGGCGAAGCACGUGGCACGCUACUGGUUAUCGCUGUUCUUGUUGCAACUGCAACAUUUCAAGUUGGAGUCAGUCCUCCAGGAGGCGUUUGGCAAGAUAAUAAUAUAGCAGAUCAAAGCAAUAGCACUAGCAGCUACCCAAAGCACUUCGCUGGUCAGUCCAUUUUGGGUACUAUUGAUGGAGUUGCUUUUGCCGUCUUCGUACUUUUCAAGGGUUUUCUGUAUCUCUUUGCAUGA